AUGGACUCGUGGUCCGGAAUAUACGUCAAUCGGUUUCGUAGAAUAGCUACAUUUCCCGUCGCACCUGAAGAACAGGCAUUUUGCAGUACUAUUUUAUUGUUCUACAUCUGCAUUUUACCCUCCAUUCGACCUGAACCACGAAGAUGCCGCCACCUCCCAACCUACUAUAGCCCGCCCCAAUCGCAACAAUCCAGGCUCAAUUAUAGUCCUAGCUCGUUCCAGCACCUCCAAAGACGAACAUUCCUUUCCUCGUUCAUCCCAUCUCCACCACAUGCAAAGAAUGGCAACAGCAACAAUGGCCGCGUCUUAACAGCCUCUCGCACCCUCCCCUACGCACCCCCGCCACUUUUCAAAGUGAUCUCCUCCGUCGAUUCAUACGCCGAAUUUCUCCCUUUCCUCAAUUCGUCAACCGUUACAGCGCGCGAUAAAGAAACGGGGUAUCCAUCACAGGCUUACCUAACCGUCGGAUACGGACCGUUGAGCGAGACUUUCACAUCGAAAGUUGACUGUGAUUCGGAGAAGUGGAUCGUGGAGGCGCGGUCUGGUGAGAAAUUCGGGAUCUUCGAGUACUUGAGUACGAAAUGGGAAUUGGUUCCUGAGUCUGGGGCUGCUGCUGGUAACCCGAAGACGACGGUGAAGUUGGAGAUCCGGUUUGAGUUUAAAAAUCAAUGGUAUGCGACCAUGAUGGGUGCAGUUGAGGGGCAAAUGGCUGGGGUGAUGAUUGAGGCAUUUGAGAAGAGGAUAAGGGAGGUGAAUGGUGGUUGA